CGCACACUGUUGCAGGGAAGGUGAGCAACAGUGCAGCAGAGUUGCAGGCCGGCCUAGCGACAAUCACAGGGACGAGUGGAGCGCCACACUUUACUGGAAAUAGAAGUGGAAUUAUCCCUCCUUCUUUUCGACCCUCUGACUCAUUGUGGGUCUAUUUCUGUCCCAAAGAUGUACCAUCCAGCUCACAGGCACCUGUCCCACUCUAUCCCCACGGCGCUGUGCUCAUAGCCCAGGCCUCACUGCAGCAGCAGCUGGAUCUUCUGACGGGGCCCUCCAUCCACGAUGAGGAUCCCCUGGUGCGUCUGCAGCUCCAGCAGCCAGAGGGAGAUCUCUUCUCCUGUGGAUGUGACACAACAGAGGAGCCCGCCAGCCAGAGCUCCUCCAACGACACCCCGGCCCCGGAGAGGGCCAUAUGCCAGCCCUGCAAACCUCCAUCAGCUGUAGAUACUCAAGAAGAUUCAGCUUCGACCUCGGAGCAUGAAGAAGAGGAGGACGAGGCAGCUUCUGUGGAGGGCGAUGCUUCCACUGAGGAGAUUACAGGCGAUGGAGAGGAAGAGGCUGCGUCUCAGGAAGAGGUAGAAGAAGAGGAGACAUCUGAGGAGAAGGCUGAGGAUCAAAGUGUGGAAGAGGAGGCAGUAUCUGAGGAGUUUGCAUCAUCUGAAGAGGAGGAAGUAGCUGUGGUUGAGGAAGAGGAGGAGAAAAUCGAGGAAGAAGCAGAGGAAGAAUUAUCCAACGAGGAGGAAGAAGUGAAUGAACCUCAGGAGGAAGUUGCAGAGGCGAAAGAAGCUGCUGCUGAAGAAGAAGCAGUUGAGGAACCAGAAGUUGAAGAGACACAGGAGGAUACAGAGGCAGCCGCUGAGGACGGUGUGGAAACCUCCAUACACGAGGCUGUAGAGGAGGAAGCUGCUGAGGAAGAGGUUGCACUGGAACCAGAAGCAGAACCAGUUGAGGUUCCUCAAACAGACUCUGAAUCUGAGGAAACAGAGUCUGAAGCGAUGGCAGAAUCUGAACCAGAACCAGAGGUGACUGAAGAGCCUGAGACCGAAGUGUCUGCAGAGCCAGAACCUGAAGUCAUUUCAGAACCAGAGGUGAUUUCAGAGCCUGAGAUUGAGGUGGUUGCAGAGCCAGAACCUGAAGUCAUUUCAGAACCAGAGGUGAUUUCAGAGCCUGAGAUUGAGGUGGUUGCAGAGCCUGAACCAGAACCAGAGGUGAUUUCAGAGCCUGAACCAGAGCCAAAGGUGAUUUCAGAGCCUGAACCAGAACCAGAACCAGAAGUGAUUUCAGAGCCUGAGCCAGAGCCAGAAGUGAUUCCUGAGCCUGAACCAGAGCCAGAGGUGAUUUCAGAGCCUGAACCAGAAGUGAUUCCUGAGCCUGAACCAGAGCCAGAGGUGAUUUCAGAACCUGAACCAGAACCAGAAGUGAUUACUGAGCCUGAACCAGAGCCAGAGGUGAUUUCAGAGCCUGAACCAGAAGUGAUUCCUGAGCCUGAACCAGAGCCAGAGGUGAUUCCUGAGCCUGAACCAGAACCAGAGGUGAUUUCAGAGCCUGAGAUUGAGGUAGUUGCAGAGCCAGAGCCCGCAGUGGUGCUAGAGCCUGUUGUGGAGGAGGUCGCACCAGAAUCUGCAGAGGAUGCGACUGUGGAAGGGGAACCGGUCAUUGAGGAGGCGAUGGUGGAGGAGGCACCUGUCGAUGACGAGGAGGUGACAGUGGAGGAGGUGUCUUCAGAGGAGCCUGCACCGUCAAAAACCAAAGAACAUCAGGCAGCAGGGCGCACACCGAGGGACCGCACCCACAUUGAGAACACGCUGCGAUUGGGUACUACUGAACCCUCGACAGAGCUCUCAGCUGCUAUGAAGAAGCUGCUGAACAUCUACCACACUGCCAUCAAGCCAAUGGAGCAAGCCUACAAGUACAACGAGCUCAGGCAGCAUGAAGUCACAGAUGGCGAGAUCACCUCUAAGCCCAUGGUUCUGUUCCUGGGACCAUGGAGCGUCGGCAAGUCCUCCAUGAUCAACUACCUGCUGGGACUUCACGGCACCUCACAGGAACUGUACACAGGUGCUGAGCCCACCACCUCAGAGUACACAGUCAUAAUGAACGGUGAGAAGUCUCGGACCAUUGAGGGCAUUGUCAUGGCAGCAGACAGCUCACGGUCCUUCUCUCCCCUGGAGAAGUUUGGCCAAGGCUUCCUGGAGCGGCUGGUGGGCAUCGAGAUGCCCCACAAGCUGCUGGAGAGGGUCACCUUCGUCGACACGCCCGGCAUCAUUGAAAACCGCAAGCAGCAGGAGAGAGGUUACCCCUACAACGAGGUGUGCCAGUGGUUCAUUGAUCGAGCAGAUCUGAUCUUCCAGGUGUUCGACCCCACCAAGCUGGACGUGGGCGGGGAGCUGGAGAUGCUCUUCAGGCAGAUGAAGGGCCGCGAGUCCCAGAUUCGCCUCAUCCUCAACAAGGCCGACAGCCUUUCCACCCAGAACCUGAUGAGGGUCUACGGGGCCCUGUUCUGGAGCAUGGCGCCCCUGAUGAAAGUCACAGAGCCCCCUCGGGUGUACGUCAGCUCCUUCUGGCCUCAGGACUAUGCUGCAGACACCAGCCGAGAGCUGUUCAUGAAGGAGGAGACCUCUCUGCUGGAGGACCUCAACCAGGUGAUUGAGAAUCAAAUGGAGAACAAGAUCGCAUUCAUCCGCCAGCAUGGCAUCCGUGUGCGCAUCCACGCCCUGCUGGUUGACCGUUACCUCCAGACCUACUCCGACAAGCUGGGCUGGUUUAGCGACCCCCACGAGGUGUUCCAAGACAUUGUCAAUGACCCGGACAAGUACUAUAUCUUCAAAUCCAUUCUGGCCAAAACCAACGUGAGCAAGUUUGACCUGCCCAACAAGGAAGCCUACCAGGAUUUCUUCGGCGUGAACCCGGUUUCCAGCUUCAAGCAGCUCUCCUCCCACUGCAGCUGGACCGGCGGCUGUCUACUAGAGAAGAUGGAGAGGGCCAUCUCGUACGAGCUCCCGGCUCUGCUCAGCAGCGUCGGCAAGGCCGCAGACACGCCCGCACCAGCGAAUGCCGCACCCUCACCUCCGCCUCUGCUCCCCGGCACCUGUGAGGGUCCCGGGUGUGAGGAGAAACCCAAGAAUCGCUGGAGGAAGCAGUGAGACGGAUGGAAGUCGAGGGGUUGCAGGAGAUGGAACAGAGGAGGCAGAUGGCGGCAGCAACCAGAGGGUUUCCUGUAACAAUCCUCACCGCUGUGAUUUUCAGAACUGGGUAUGGAGACACUGAGCAGGGAAAAGAGAGUGGAACAUGUGCAAAGAUGUACUGAGCAGACCUGGGUUAGUUUUGCAACGAUUCUCUGGUACACAUUGUCCUAUAAGACACCCUUCUGGUAUCUACUUGUUGUUUUUUUUACUAUGGUUUAGUAGGAAAAAGAAUGUAGCAAAAGAGGCUUGAAGUCAACUUUCCAUCUGAAGCCAUUGCUGUCUGCAAGAGAAACAUACAACAGGAGAAAUCCAAGAUGUCUCUCUCCUAUGUAACCUUCCAUGUUAAUGAAUGUUUUCUGGUUUCUCACUGUGUUCAAGUUUGUACAUUAUUUAUUCAAGUUUUUCUGCUUCAGAGAAAGAUGCUGGCAGCGAUCGUACUCCUCCGAUGUCGUGUAGUUAGACAGUAAACGCUGCCACUCUCCAAACUGCUGUGCUGUGUUUUUACAGUAAAACCAGUGCAUGUUGUUGUUAUUGUGUCAGGACGCUUAUUUUCAAAGGUGGCACAACCAAAUAAAGAAAAAGGGUUUUCCCGUAGUGUUUUCAUUGAGCAGGGAUUCAACCAUGUUUAGUCGCUGUACUGUACUGUGCUGCACUGCUGGACACUGUACUGUCCUCUCUUCUCUGUUGUACUAUAGACAUUCAUUAUAGAAGCACAUUUUAUUUCAAAAUGUCUCAGUGCUGCACUGGGACUGAUUUGACUGAAUAUAACAACAUCAUUUAAUCGUAGCUUCCUGUUCAUGUAAGCUUGUAUUUAAUGCCAACGCGGCCUUCUCAGCCCUCUGAACCGUUGCCCGUCUUACCGCAAAGCGGCUGCAUUUCCUUUAAAAAGUCAAUCUUGUCAUUGUUCCUUUAGGUUCGUCUGUAUUUGUCAUUCUUUUGAGUGAUUUCUUUUAAAUA